AGUCUUGAGAAUUUGCAAUAAUGGAAAACAACGAGUUUUUAAACAAUAAUGCAAGUGUUGAAAUUGAACCGAAACAAAAUUUUCAUUUUCGCUAUGAAAGUGAAAUUAAUCAGGGCAACACUCAUGGUAUUUUGAACGGUCAAAAUGAAGAUUAUCCAAAACUUAAACUACUUUUGCCGGAAAAUGCUGCUAAAGAUGAGUGGGGUAAUGAACGUGAUUUUUAUGUACUCUGUUCAUUGCAUUGUUAUGCCAAUAAUAAACCACUUUCGCCGCAUCUUCUAAUGAAAAAGUGCAAAAAAGCCGUUAAUUAUAAAUUUAUAUUCGAAAAAAUGGAAACAUCUGAACACAAUGCUGCGGAGCGAUUUUGGAAAUUAAAAGAAUAUGUUAUAGUACGUUUACAAAACAAACAAUAUAAACAAUCUUUAGAAAAUAAACAACAGGAAUUUGGAGAAUUGCCUUUACCAUUAAAGUUUGAACGCCUUCUAGGACCGUUGAAUCUAGAAGAUUCUCAAAGUGUACAAGAUAGUGGAAAAUUAAAUGUCUGUCUGGGCUUUACGAUCUUUGAAAAAAACUUUUACGAAAACACCUAUUCUUUAUACAGAGAUACAAUAUAUUCGUGCAACAUUUAUCAUGGCGAUGAUUUAAAAAUCAAAAAAUUAUGCAACAUCAAAGGCAGUAUACGUGGCGGUACUGAAAUAACAAUUUUAAUCAGAUUGGAAACAAAUUUGCCACUUAAUGUUUCGAUCAAAAAAAUCAAUGAAGAAACCAAAGAAACCGAAUGGUUUACAGAAGUGCAAAUUCCGAAGGAAAACAUAUUUCAAAAAGCAGCCAUUACAUUUAAUUUACCAAGGUACGAUGGACCUCGUACAGAUGAUGAAGUAGAAAUUGAAGUUAAUAUGUGUGUUGUGGUUCGAGAUACCACUUACAAAAGUGAUAAUGCUAAGUUUUAUUAUAUAAAUGAAAAAACAUAUAAACGUUCAAUAGAUGCAGUUGAAUGUGAUGUUCUUCAAUUAGCAGAAAAUAAAGGAAAGAGGAUAAAGAGUAACUAUGUAUCACGUGAUAGCGCCGAUUUGCCACCAGUUUUUCCUCUUUCCGGUGAAAGUGUGAGUGGCAAAAUGAUAUCUCUAAUUGAUUCUACAUUCAAUAAUGCAAAGGAUGAUACUUAUUAUACAAAUAUAGAUUCCGUAUUUUACAAAGCUUUAGAAAACAGAGACACUCUAAUACAUCUCUAUACAAAGGCUAAUGAAACCAAAAAGCAAAAUCUAAUUAUCGAUUUCCGUAAUAAAGAUCAGGAAAAUCUCUUACACUGGGCUUGUAAAAUGGACCACAGCAAAAGCAUACGUCCCCUUAUUGGACUGGGAUGUCACAUCAACGAGCAAGAUAUCUGGGGCAGAACACCAUUACAUGUUGCUCUAACUGCCCGACAUGACGCUUGCAUUUCGGAAAUUCAAUUGAUAUUUAAAAACUAUUUACAAUAUUCGGAGAAUGUAAAAGCGGAUUUGGUAAAAAUGUUGAAAACCUACAAUCAUAACGGCUAUACAGUGUUACAUGAAGCUGUGCUUAACCGUUAUUACGAAUUAUUCGAAAUUAUGCUGAUAUUUAUGCAGGAACAUAAAUUAAAUAUUUUGGAUUAUGAAGUAUUGGGCAGUGGUGAUUCUAUUGCCCAUUUAGCGGCUAAGAAUCAUAUAUUAAUGGAUAUUGAAUCUAUAUUCACGAAAUAUAUACCCAACUAUAUGUCGGUUAAGAAUUAUGCUGGCAUAAUGGCAAAGGAUUUAAAUGAAGAGUUUUCUGAAAAAUUAUCUAUAUAAAUGGAAUUUCUUCUUAUAUGUAUAAAAAUAUUUCCUUUUAAAAAGUUAUUCUUUAUUUAUGUUUUACUCAUACGCCAUUUUCUUAUUUCCCUACUUACUGCUAGAUGGCAUUUUUCUUACAAUUACGUACAUUGAAAAUGAUAAAAUAUUUCAUAUGAUUUAUAACGAAUGAAUGAUAUGAGAACCAUUUCUAUAAUGUUAUUUAUGUAUAUUUUUAAUUAUAAUUUCUCACCGCUUUCCAACUUGUAUCCGCAACAACUCCUUUACUAUCUACAAUGAAAAAGAACAGAGAAAAAUUAUAUGUAAAUAAAAUAGUAACAUACUUUUGGGAGUUAACAUAAAUCAAUAAACACUGUUGCAUACUUUUAUCGUAAAUAUCAAACAAUCAAAUAUCAACAAUCAUAAAAUUAAUGUAAAUAAAUAUUAACAAUUUAAAAAAA